AUGGCGCACUACGGCGGUGGAGCUUCCCAUUUGGCGGCUAUCUACGGUUCGGAGCAGGACAAGGUCAACUGUAGUUUCUACCUCAAAAUCGGAGCAUGCCGUCACGGCGAGCGCUGCUCUCGCAAGCACAUCAAGCCUCAGUAUUCGCAGACUAUCGUAAUCCUCAACAUGUACCAAAAUCCCGCGCACAUUCAGGGGUCCACGUCGAACCCGCACUUGCGGCCAAAGGACGCGCCGCCUCUCGACCCGAACCCGAAGAGCAACCUUUCGGAGGAAGAGACGCAGCAGUUCUUCGACAAGUUCUACGAGGAUGUCUAUUGCGAGCUCGUCAAGUACGGCAACAUGCUCGAGAUGCACGUUUGCGACAAUGUCGGCGACCACCUGAUCGGCAACGUCUAUGCCCGCUUCGACUGGGAAGACGAGGCGCAGCGUGCGGUUGACGAGCUGAACAAGCGGUGGUAUGCCGGUCGCCCUCUGUACGCCGAGCUCUCCCCCGUCACCGACUUCCGCGAAGCCUGCUGUCGUCAAAACGACCUCGGCCAAUGCGACCGCGGCGGCUUCUGCAACUUCAUGCACUUGCGGCACCCGAGUCGACCGCUGCUGAGGGAGUUGCAGCGCGAGCAGCGCAAGGAGAGGCAGGUCAACCCCGAUCCGAGGGACGAGGAGAGGCGCAAGGAGAUGGAGAUGUUUGGGUUCGCGUAG